UUCGGCCUUGGCCACCUUGACUUCAUGCUAGGCGUAGAGGCCAUGAUUUACGAGGAAAGGCGAAGCUGUGCCAUAGUGCUGGCCGAAUUGAAGCAGAUCUAUCAGACGGUCCUUCAGACGCAGGGUGGAUGCAGUGUUGCCAACAUUCUGUGCUUUCCGAAGCAGGACUCCACCACUUUUGCUGGUCUGAUCAAAAGAAAAGUGCCUCAAGCACUGAUCAUACUUGCCUACUACUGCGUUCUCCUCAACGUUCUGGACGACAGGUGGUGGAUUCAAGGAUGGGCGGCGAGGGUGUUGACGGACGUGAUUGGCGAUCUGGACGAGGUUUGGAAGCAUUGGGUGGAGUGGCCGGUCGAGCAUGUCAUCAUGAAACAGCAUCAGCCAGGAGUGCUGACCAGCGUUCCAGUAACUUCGACAGACGAAAGCGCAAGUAUUGCUGCACUAUUGCUAUGACGAGCGCUAUGGACUGAGGCUUUGCUAAAUCAUCAGGCGUAAUAGGACGGGCCAAGCGGAAUUAGAUGGAGUUGUGGAAUCGGAGCACAGCACGAGAUUUCCAGACAUGGGAGCGAGGCUCGAAAAAGGAUUUUCUUUCGGAGGAGCGAUUGUCCGCGACUCCAGGAUAGUUGUCUACAGCACUCCCAGCUUACUACAGCAUGUAAGUCAGAUAUGCACAGAUAAUGAUACCAGAGUCGUGCAGUC